ACAUCUUAACUUUGCCUCGCUCGAAACCCAAGUCGGAAGCCCUCAGGCGUAGCGCGUCCAUGGCGUCCACCGCGCUGGUGGCAGUGGCAGUGGGGGGCGCCAUUUCUCUCGGUCUCGUCGCCUCCUCUGGCGUCGCGUCCUGCUCCCUGCGCGCCGGCGGCGACUCCCGGCGGUUUGGCCCCCGACUCGUCCUCCUGCGGAGAGGAGGCGCCGAGGGGGAGGGGACGAGGACACGGAAUUGCCCAAUAUUUCGUUGUGCCAAUAAGGUGGACGUUGUGACCGAGGAUGACAGCGUCGAUGGUGACGUUACCGACGAUGGAGAAGACCUUGAGGAUGCAGCUGAUGACGCCAUUGAUGCUGAUGUUGGUACCGAAGAUGAACUGGAGUCUUCGCUGCCUGAGGAUGUUGAGUGGAUAAAGCAGCAGCCACUUCCUUAUCCUUUGGAUGCUCUGGAGCCAUACAUAAGCAAGGAGACGGUGGAGCAGCACUGGGGAGUUCACCAGCAGAUUCACGUGGACCGGCUCAAUGGCAUGAUCGGUGGCAGCGAGUGGGAAGGCAUGUCGCUGGGGCAGAUGAUGCUCGCCUCCUUCAAUGAGGGCAGGGAGCAGCCCCAUCCUCCCUUCUUCCAUGCCGCACAGGUAUGGAACCAUGAUUUCUAUUGGCGAUCCAUGAAACCUGGUGGCGGGGGCAAGCCACCGGAACGGCUCCUGAAGUUUAUCAAUAGAGACUUUGGCUCCCACGAGGGUAUGAUCCGGCAAUUCAUGGAUGCUGCACUAACUCAGUUCGGUUCUGGAUGGGUUUGGCUUUCCUACAAAGGAAGCGGGUUGCCUUAUGUGAAAUCGAGAAGCCCCAUCCCAUCGGACAACCAUGGUAGGCUGGUGAUCUCAAAGACUCCAAAUGCCAUCAACCCUCUUGUCUGGGGCCACUCUCCACUCCUCGCGAUUGAUGUUUGGGAGCAUGCAUACUAUCUGGAUUACGAGGAUCGAAGGGCUGACUAUGUUUCUGCGAUUCUGGAGAAGCUUGUGUCGUGGGAAACAGUCGAGUCCAGGCUCGCGAAAGCCGUUGCACGGGCGGUAGAAAGAGAUGAGCAUCUCCGCAGAAGGAUUCUAAGGAAACAGCGUUUAGCUCAGGCAAACGGACAGAGCAGAGCUAGGUCUCGCGCUCGGCAAGGGAGGCAAGGAGACCAGGAAGUCGCCAGGAGCCGUCCCGUGGAGGCAUGACAACGCAGCUGGUAAAUGGGGUGCAUCAGGACACCGUUAUGUAGCUGAAUGGCGAUCAACCUUUUCCCUGGUGACAGUCUUGAGAGCUUGCAUGGUCAUAUUGGUCUGUUUUAGGCCGCAUCCACCCUCAGCACUGCGAGGAGGGUGGGAUAAGUUUUGCUAAGUAGGAUUAGGGGUAGAGGUAGAGAUGUAAAAUAGACAGAAUUUCGUCAGACUUGGACUCUUGGAGAAUUCGUUUUGCUCGUUAUUCUUUGUGGGAUGUGAGUGACAAUGUAAGAGGACAUGAUUGUGUGUUCUGAUUUCUACAAUCCAGUGCUCGGUUUUGGUG